AAGAAGAAGGAGCUUUAGUAGUAACAACUAACAAGUAAGAAGCUUUCAGUUUUUUGGGUUCAAAUUUGUCAGUGUAGUCUAUUUAUUUAUUUUUAUUAAUGAUUUUGUAAUAUAGCUUCUUGAAUUAUGUUGAAUUGGGUCUCUAAUUUAUGUGAACACAGCCUGUAUAUGCUUUUGAAUUCAGUAGCUUUAGCUUUCACUUUCUAAUGUGUGUUUUGGAUUGAAAGUUUGAUGCUUUUUUGGAUUAGAAUUCUGGGUUUUGCGUCUAAAUGUAGGGUUUAUGUUCUUUCACAGAGGAGAAGCACUGCUAUUCGAUUUUGUUCAUGUCAAAUUGGAUACCUUGAGAGUGCUAGCUGGAUUUGGAUGCUUGAUAUUUAAGGAAUUUUGAUUUUGGGUGAGGAAGGUUGUGAGAUAAGAGUGUCAAGAUUAAGUCUUUAUUGGUAUAUGGAAGUUGGUUUUCGGUUUUGGAGGUUUUCCAUUAAAGGGUGUGGUGGAACAGGUUGGUGUUUGAUAAGGAAUUUCGAUGAAUGUUAACAAUAAUAAUAAUAAUAAUAAUCAGGCCAAGAUUGUGGGAGUGCCGCCCCAUUUUGGCAAUCCUGGGGCUGUUUCGCAAUCUAUGACCAUGAACCACCAGCCUCAUCUUCUCUCCCAGUCACAACCUCAAGCACAAGGUGCGUCCCAAUUUCCAGGGCACUUUCAGUUGUCUGAGCCGCAAGCGCAAGCAAUGGCACAGGCACAGUAUGUGAAUGCUCAUGCACAGGCCCAAAAUCAAGCGGCGCAUGCCCAGUUUGUUCAGUUGCAAGCUCAAGCUCAUUCUCUUGCUCAAUUGCAUAAUGCCAGUCCAGGUGUUUCGUCACCCUCCAUAGCAACGCCAAGCACAGGAAGUGCCAAGCGAGCUAACCAGAAGCCACCUUCUCGGCCUCAAGGUUCAUCUCCGGCCAAUACUGGUCCUAUGUUUAAAAACAUGGAACUCACUCCAGCUGCUUGUAGAAAGAAGCGAAAGCUACCUGAUAAACAUAUACCGGACAAAGUCGCUGCACUUCUGCCAGAAUCUGGUCUGUAUACUCAAUUGCUUGAAUUUGAGGCUCGUGUCGAUGCUGCGUUGGCAAGGAAGAAGGUUGACAUCCAGGAGUCGCUUAAGUGUCCUCCCCAUUUCCAGAAGAUGCUUCGAGUUUAUGUAUUCAACACCUUUGAGAACCAGACACCAAGAAAUCCUGAAAAGAAGGAUGCAGCUCCCCCUACUUGGUCUCUUAAGAUAAUUGGAAGGAUAUUGGAAGAUGGAAGGGAUCCUGUGGUGGCUGGAAUUCCACAGAAGUCAAGGGUUAAAUUUUCAUCCCUCUUUAAGAAAAUUACUAUAUACUUGGACCAAAGCCUCUAUCCGGACAACCCUGUGAUUUUGUGGGAAAGUGCUCGUUCACCUGCUCUUCUUGAUGGCUUUGAGGUGAAAAGAAAAGGGGAUAAAGAGUUUAGUGCAGUAAUACGAUUAGAAAUGAAUUAUGUACCAGAGAAAUUUAAACUUUCACCAGCUCUGACUGAAGUUCUGGGAAUUGAAACGGAGACUCGGGCAAGAGUUAUAGCUGCUAUUUGGCAUUAUGUGAAAGCCCGGAAGUUGCAGAACCCAAGCGACCCUACCUUUUUCAUGUGUGAUCCCCCUCUUCAGAAAGUUUUCAGGGAAGAGAAGAUGAAGUUUUCUAUGGUUUCACAGAAAAUAUCAAUGCACUUAUCUCCUCCACAGCCUAUACACAUAGAGCACAAAAUGAAACUUUCAGGAAACUGUCCAGCUGGAACUACUUGCUAUGAUAUACUGGUUGAUGUGCCUAUGUCACUAGAGAAGGAGAUGUCUGCAUUCUUGGCUAGCACCGAGAGAAAUAAAGAGAUCGAUGCUUGCGAUGAACUGAUAUGUGCAUCUAUAAAAAAAACCCACGAACAUCGUCGGCGGCGGGCUUUCUUUCUUGGAUUCAGUCAGUCUCCAGCAGAGUUUAUAAAUACUCUGAUUACUUCUCAGAGCAAGGACCUAAAGCUUGUUGCUGGAGAUGCUAAUCGUAAUGCAGAAAAGGAGCGCCGCUCAGAUUUCUAUAAUCAACCCUGGGUUGAGGAUGCUGUUAUUCGUUACCUGAACCGCAAGUCUGGAAGCGACAUUCCAGGAGGCACUUGAUUGAGUUAGUUCUUCAAGAAGUGGUAGCCAUGUAUUUCUAGAUAUUUUUCUCUCAACGUUUAUUGUGUUGCUUGUUUACCCCAAUCCUUCCUUUUCUUUGGUGACUGUAACAUAAUAAAACAAGUAGUUGAGAGUACCUUUCUGGUAGAAAUUCUCUUGAAUGUAACGUCGUUGUUCUAGGCAAAAUAAAAGCAUCAAUAUGUUUUCCACAGUUUGCUUGGUGGCCAUGACUACCAUCUAGACCUGAAACACAUCGUCUGGUCAUAAUGAGACCAAAAUAGGAUCAUGAUGCUUUUAUUUGUGCCAAGGAUCAUCACUGGAUAUUGAUUUGUUGCAACUUAUACAGGCACAUUGUUACAUUCUGCAUUUAAAUGAAUGACACUGAACUUUAUUUGGAA